AUCCCCAUAGUUUGUGAUUGUAUCAGCCAUGUUAAAGGUGAAAGGUUAUUCUGUAUUUCGGCGGGAGAACGAAUGACAUUUUUGCACUGAGGCAAAAUUUGACGAUUUUUCAGCCCACAAAAUGAUCAAACGAAAGCCCACACGCAUCGAGCUGAAGCUGGACGACUUGGACGAGUUCGAGGCGGUGAAGAAGGAGGUUGAAGAGCGGCGGAAACAGCGGAACGCCGAGCUGCUUGGGCUCGGGGCACAGGGGGAGGGCGCCGCCGAGACCAACGGGGACGCCUCGCCGCCGUCCGGGAAAACUAAGGCCGAUAAAAUCAACGAGAGAAUCGGGUAUGACCCGACUCCUGUACCGGACGCUACGGCGAGAGUCGGCACGUUACCCUCACCACCACCGCCGCCUGCAGCCGGACAACCACCGCCGAGAUAGCCCACAGGGAACGUGGACUUGGUCAAGAUGACGACAUGCAAAAAUGAUGAUUUUGGAUUGAAGCAUUGGACCACCUCUAGCCUGGUAACCACAGCACCGUGAGCUCUCUGGGAUCUGUGCGGUGUUAGCAGUGUUGCCGACCCGCCUAGUUCAUAAGCACAAGCCGGGGACUUUUUUACGGGGUUGGUUUCAAUUACUAGUACUUUGCUCACGGUGUUUAUGAAUGCCGAUUGGAAAGCUUAAAGAUAUGAAAUUUGCUUAGUAGGACUUUUGUCAGGCCGUUUUGACUGGUUACCGGAUAAGAGGACACCGGACUUGUUGUACACCAUUCAGGACAGCGCCGGAUAUGAUAUGAUAAUUUUUUUUUUUUUGGUGACACCUCAGGUGCGGAGGCUUGCUCAUGGAUUUGCAACACUAUGGCUGAGACAUUUUUGAAUUAACUAAGGACAUGUACAUCAUCAUGAACCAUCAGAAUUUGUCACUACUCAUGAUAGAUAACAGCCAGCCAGUUUUAUAACACAACAAUAGUAUAAAGUCUCAUAUGCAUAUACAGUACACUUUACUUUUACCAGGUAAUCAAAUACAAAUAUUGUGCCAUAUGCAGUAAUCUAUGUUUCACAGCCAGGGUGCCAUCCUUUAUGAGUGUGUCUCUUUAUGCAUCCUCACCUGUGUAUGCAAUAGAAUGUUAUAUAAUUCUAGGCAAGUUUAUUUUUAAUAUAGUCUGUCACUGACAAACCAAGAUUUAGCCUGGAAUCCAGCCUUGUUUGCUUUGUUCCGUGGCCACUACCAUUUGGGAGCAGACCAAAGCAAACAAGGCUGAUCUCCAGGCUAAUCAAGAUUGCGGCAAGAUUGCAGUUUUCCUCAGAAGAAUAAUUUGAUCAUUUAUUUGAUAUCAGAACAAUAAAUGUUAUGAGCUAAUCUUGAAACCAUUAGAGAAACAUGGCAAGUAUGGCUUCAUACACUGGUCAAGCAUGUGUGAGUACCAAGUUUAUGUUAAGAUAUAGAGGGAUAAUAUCAAUGUUUGUUGAUAAUGUACAUAGCUUGUUUGGCAAUAAAGUACAUUUUUGUAUCUACGUAGACUUCAAGACUUUUCUGACUUAUCUGCAAUCAGUACAACUUUGGACUAAUCUACAAUCAGUGACUAGAUCAUGAUGAUGGAUGAAUGUUGUUAUGUGGCUGAUUUCUGUACUUUAUUUUUAGUUACUGUCUCACGUACUUCCGUACUAGAAACAACAAUAACGUUACAUAGAUAAUAGGUUUAUGUAGGUAGGAAUAAUGAGAACAUAGACGUGGAUUUCCAACAGUUUGUACUUUCAUUCGUCUCCAGAAUAAAAAUAAAAUCAAGUUCUGAUCUAA